CGUAACUAUGCUUAUUUAUCACUUUCCAUUUCAUACAGGACAUAUUUUAUAAUUCUCGUCACUUGUUCUUAGUUAAAACAAUGACCAACGAGGUAACAGUAUAUUAGUUUCUAAAAUAAUUGGGUAUUAAUGCUAUUUGACGACGCAUGUGUGGAAAUAAAAUUUGAGCCGUCAACAGACUGACAACUUGAUUAUUAGUUGAUGAGCCUUAAGGUUAUCAAAGCUGAUUAAUUUACCUGUGUAAUAUAAAUUCUAAACUGCACAGGUAUUAAGAACUAUGGUUGCAGAUAAAGCAGCUCCUUACCCAGGGUAUGACCCGACAGGAUCUUACAGAACUCCACGACCAGCAGCUCGUGUUAAACCAGAAGCAGAGGAGAACGCCAGGAAACACAAAGGAUGCAUCAACCUGUUUGAUGCCAACAACCCUGGUCCUCCUCAACCUCCUCCACCAGAGCCAAAAUGUCCCUCGGACAGUGCAAGACGCAACUAUGAACUUGGAAGGUCAGGAAACGUGGGUUCCUUGUUAUCACAAGGACAGUCACAGUCACAUUCAUCAGCAGUGGACUACAGUCCGGCGCCGAGAGUCAAACCUGAAGCCGAGGAGAUUGCAGAAGCCAAUAAGGGCAAAGGAAUAGCUAAUCUCUUCAGUAACUAUGGACAUCUCCCUCCCUCCAGUCGACCUCCCGGCCGAGUUAAAGAUGAAGGGUCGGUCAGUGCUUCCUUGGACCUUGGAGGAAGGAUGAACAGUUUGUUGCAUAACCCAAAGGAGAUUCCAGAGUCUCCGAAACCUCAACCGCGGAUAAAACUGGAAGGCUCUCAGAAUGCUUCACUGGGUGCUGGUGCACAGAUGGGGAAGGUGAUGGGCAGGUACGGAGAAACCCCACGUUCUACUAGAGGUGUUCCUCGCGUCAAACCAGAAGCAGCAGACAUUGCAGAGCUGGACAAGGGUAAACGGGUAAACACUCUGUUCCAAAACUACGGGAAGCAACCGUCAUCUGGACGUCCGGAGCCACGGGUAAAAGCUGAAGGAUCCGAGCAGGCGAAUCUCGAUAAAGGAGGCAGAAUGUCUCGACUGAUGCAUGAAGGUGACCGUCUGCCCAGUGACCCCAAACCACCACCGCGGGCCGCGUCUGCUUCUGGACAUCGCAAUAUUAAAAAGAACAGAGGAACCAUCAGCCAGUUGUUUAGCGAGGCAUCAAAAUGGCAGGUUGUUCAAAAGCCUGGUAUCAGAGGCACCAAAGUUACCUGAACCCAGCAUUAGCAGCCAUUCUGCUCAGUGUGUAUAGUUAUUGUUUUAAAUCAUCCCUCAGUCCUUUUAUUACAAGUGAUAUCCUAAUGUACAGUCAAACAAACCUUAGUUGAACCUGUACCGAUAUAUGAAAUGUGCCUUUAAUUCCUCAAUUUGUAGAAACAGGCCAUAAUUGCACCUGUGUGCCUGUGCGUCAAUGUGUAGUAAGAAGCCUUAGUUGCACUGGUAUGUGAAAUGUGUGUGACUGUGCCUAAAUUAUGUAGAAAGAAGCUUUGGUUGUGCCUGUAUGUGAAAUGUACCUUUCCCUUAAUUUGUAGAAACAAGCCUUAAUUGCACCAAUAUGUGCUUGUUGCCUUGAUAUGUAGAAAGAAGCAUUAGUUGCACCUGUAUGUGAAAUGUGCCUUUUCUUCCAUUUUGUAGAAACAAGCCUUAAUUGCACCUAUGUGUGCCUGUGCCUCGAUAUGUAGAAAGCUUUAUGUGAAAUGUCUUUCUUUCAUGUGUAUGAUGUGAAAUGUACCUCUCAAUCUGCAGCAGCAAGCUUUAGUUGCAGUUAUAUGUGAAAUGUCCGUGUACUUCAAUUAGUAGAACCAAGCCUUAGUUUUACCUUUAUACAUGUGCCUUUGCAUCAAUUUGAAAACUAGUCAGUCUAGAUUUGUAGAAAAAGGUCGUAGUUGCCCAGGCAUGAAAUUUACCUGUCUCAGUUUGUAGGAAGACGCCUUAGUUGACCCGUAAAUAAAAUGUAUUCGUCUCAAUAUGAAGAAAAUGCCUUAGUUGCCCGUGCAUGAAAUUUACCUGCCUCAGUUUGUAGGAAGACGCCUUAGUUGCCCCAUAUAUAAAAUAUAUUUGUCUCAAUAUGUAGAAAAGGCCUUAGUUGCCUCUAUAUAUGAAAUGUAUCUCUAUUUGUAGAAGAAAACCUUAGUUGUCCCGUUUCGUCUGUUUGAAGAAAAAGCAUUAUUUGGCCCAUUAUGAAAUGUAUUUGGCUUGAUUUGUAAGAAGUCUUGGUUGCAUCUGUAUAUGAAGUGUCCUUCUGCUUUGAUUUGUAGAAUGGAGCUUUAGGAAAAUGAUAACUGUUUUGUAACAGUUAUUUGUGAAUUAUUUUGUUACGAUUAUUGUUCAGUGGUGACUGGUUUUACACAAAAGUGACUCACAUCCUUUUCAAACAAAACCAUCCAACUACAAAAAAAAUCAGUUAUUUUAGUGGUGGUGGGGGGAGAGACACUGGACGUAAACACACAUCAUUUCUGUGAUAAUAUUGUCACUGUAUUGUUAUUAUUUUGUACAUCAAAUACAUAAUAUACUUAA